AUAAAACAGUUAUACUAAAUUAUUACGUUUCUUGUUGCCAGCUACAUCUAGAUGAAAAAAAUCUUAGAUGAGUCCUAAGUAAUUAUUGGUAGAGAAAAUAUAUAGAGAGGAUUCACAGUGAAUAAGCUAACUCAAAUAGCCGAAAACGAACGCCAAAACGUUAUCAAGUGGAUUCAAAGGACCUCAAAAUGAAACCGGUAAAUACGGCCAUACGGGAACGCAACGCUAUUAGUCCCUCUCUAUAUUAGUAACGAAACGGAUAAAAAACGGGUGUUCCAGGCUCCCAUCUGAAACUUCAGUGAAUUUCGGGGAAAAAAUAAAAACUUCAUUCAAUUUAUUAAUUAAGCACAUGCUUUCGUUGUUUGGUCAAGCCGUUGCCAAAGUCUCUUCAAAAUUCAAUUUCCCGCUAGGUCUCCAAAGAGAAGCCCAAAAAAAAAAAAAAAAAAAAUCCGAGAAAACUUGUGGAUCAUCAAAUUUAGUCGCCAUGGACGACGUUGAUCGCUUGUUCGAGUGCUUCAAGUGUGGUAUUUCUCCUCCUCCCUCUGCUGCAAGAGAAAGAAAAAGAAGCAAAAGCGAAGUGAAGCGACGAAGUUCUACACAUGAGGCUUCUGCACAUUCUGAUAUUCUAUCUCCACCACCAACAGGGCUAAAACAGAAAAAACUACCAGACAUGCAGCUGUCUGUUGAGAAAUCAGGUUCAACAACAGGAAAAGCCAACAACUCCAAUUGUGGGACACAGAUUUCGCCAGUUGUAUUCUAUGGGUCUCCUCAUGGUGUGCCUCCAAAACGACCAUCUCGAUUGCUGUUGCGAUUGUUGCAUGAAAUACGUGUUGAUCUCUCUGAACAUGGCAAAUUGAGCAUAAGGGAGGAAGUCUGGGCAACAUUCCCACGGCAGGAUGAAGCAAUGAAUUUUUCCAAAGGGAAUGAGCAACUUCAUGUUUUUAGUUAUCAAGAUCACUUUAAUGGACAAAGAAGGUUUCUUGUCUCAAGUUACAAGGAAUUCUGGAAAAGGUAUAAAAAUAUGGAUUCUAAGUUUCGCCACCAUUAUGAAGUAAUUCAGGAGGGUUUGCCAUGCCACCUUUACUUUGACUUGGAGUUCAGCAAGAGAGAGAAUGCAGCAAGAGAUGGAGAUGAAAUGGUUGACCUUUUGAUAUCAGUCAUUUUUGACGCCUUACUUGAUAAAUACUCUCUUCAAGGAAAUCACGAAUGGAUAUUGGAGCUUGAUUCCUCUACAGAAGUGAAGUUCUCUCGGCAUCUAAUCAUUCGCAUACCGAGAACAGCUUUUAAGGACAACUCACAUGCAGGUGCAUUUGUCAAUGAGAUAUGUUCAAGGAUUUUCAUUGCAAAGAAGGGGGAUGAGAGAUUUGAAAAAUUAUUUAUUAAAAAAGACUCAAGCUCUGCUGAUUCUCCUAGUCAGCUUUUUGUGGAUACUGCAGUCUAUUCCAGAAAUCGUUGCUUUCGUGUAGCUUUAUCAUCAAAGGCAGGGAAGAAUUCUGUGCUUCUGCCUACUGGUCGUUACAAAGCAAAGGGCAUGUGCGAGGAGGAGAUGUUCAUGGCAUCAUUGAUCUGCAAUAUGGAUGCUGACUGUGAGAAACUUCUUGUUUGCAAAGUGGAUCUAGAUUGUGUCAAGACCCUCCAAUUUGAUACAGAGGUAAACCAUAGUUUUGGAAAACAUUACAGUCCCCAAGAAUUCACAUCAAAUGGGUUCACAAGUGCUUCAGCAACAUACUUAAUGGGGAAAUCUCCAUUCCCUGCUUUGGAUGCAUUCAUAGAAUAUGUUGCCUCCAUUGGAAAUGUAGCAGGUAAAAUCCGUUGUUGGUACUGGUUCUCAGAAUACGGAUUGAUGGUCUACAGUAUGUCAAGAAACAGAUACUGUGAGCGAAUUGGUAGACAGCAUAAAAGUAAUAAUGUGAUAUAUGUUGUUGACCUGAGAAGGGCUGUUUAUUAUCAGAAAUGUCAUGAUCCUGAUUGCAGAGGUUAUCGUUCUCCCUUGCGUCCAAUUCCAUUGGAUAGCAUCCCUGAGAUGCAUCAUGGAGGAUCAACAAUUGAUAAUCUGGAAUAUCAAAAUGCCAGCGAAGAUGUUCUGCACUAUGAUGAAAGCAUAACGAAGAGUGUUACCCCAAAUACAUGGUGGCUUGAGGCCACAAGAAUUGCAGAUAAUGUUGAAAAUAAGCAUGAUUCAUUAAAAGUCAGCAAUAUGGAAAACCUUAAUGAUGACGAUGACAAAUGGUGGGUUGCUGCAGAAAGGACUGCAACUGAGGCUGAACUAUCCCACUUGCUCAUAUAAGGGUGAGGUAUGAUUAGAUUCAGGAACUGAGAGUUUGUUACCUAAAUAGCUGCAUUGCCAAGCAUCAUCCUGAUUUGAUUAUGUGCAAGAAGCAACCGGGAACGGCCAUUGGCCCGGCCAUGCGAGAAGUGUGAUGGCAAGUGUGGAAUCUGCGAUGCCUAUGUGCCCUUGCACAUUUGUGCGGGUGUCUGAUGAAGAGCAAAUUUAGGUGGUCUCCUCUCACAAAAAACUGACACCUCGUAUGGAUCCCAUGGAUGGUCCCACAAAGUUUAUUUCAGUGGAUCCCACAUGGUCCUAGGAUCGCCAAAGAGUGUACACAGCAGUAGAAAGACAGGGAUGGAUGUCCUAAAAUUGUUAAUUUAGACCGUGUCAAAGCUGGCUUGUUCUAUGAAGGAAAGAAAUAUGGUUUCAAAAAAAAAGAUGAUAAGCCCCCAAAAAUAACCUCAUGAUUAGUCCUGUGAUCGCUAUCUCUCCAACGUCAUGACUUUGUGUUUUUUGGGCAUUAUCAGCUUUUAGUCUCGUGACAAUGCCAGUAUUUUGCUCUUCCCAAAGUUUUUCUUCCUCUCCUUUUACUAUGUGUA